AUGGCGUCGCGCAAGGAGGACAAGAAGGAGCGCAAGCAGAAGAAGGAGAAGAAGCCGGCCGCAGAGGGCGACGGCACGACCACGCUCGUCGUCAGCAUCGACGACUUCACGCGCACCCGAGACAGCCCCACGCCGCCUGUCUGUCAGUCAGUCAGUCUGUCUGUCCUUGACGCUACACCACCAGCCCCUUGUCUUGUCCUCUACUACUAUUAUUACACUCUCUCUGUUCUGCUCCGUACAUCCAAUACACCUCUACGCUGCCAGACAGCAUCAGCAGCAGCAUCACCAGCAGCUCCCCUCGACCUCGUCCAGGCCAUCGCCCUGCUCACGUACCGCAUCAACUCGACGGCGCAGGACCUCUUCCUGGGCGCGCAGCAGCCGGGUCUCUUCUCUGCAGAGCUAACCUGCGAACAGGUCAUCGUCGGUCUCGCCGCGCUCCAGUCGGCCGUCUCGGACCUGUCGCGCGCCUACAUCAACCACGCCAACACGGUGCUCAACCGCGGGCCCUCGUCCAUCGACAUCGGCGGCCUCAACUCGCUGCUCGAGAACGGCCUCUUCCCGUCGAGCGUCACGGCCGGCGGCGGUGCAGAUGCCGACGGCGGUGUUUCUGCUGCCGAGGGCGCUGGCCGGGCAGCGAGCCCGGGAGCUCGCUCGGUAGCGGGCACCAAGCGCAAGCGAGUGCAUGACCCCAAUGCGCCGAAGAGGGCGCUGACCGCGUACUUCCUGUACAUGAAGCACGAGCGAGCCAACAUCGCGGCCGAGCUGGGUGCGAAUGCCCGGCCAAAGGAGGUGGCCGACGAGGGCACCCGUCGCUGGGGGAGGAUGCCUCCCCAGGAGAAGCAGGUAGACCAUCUCUCUCUCUCUCUCUCUCUGUAUAUCUUGUCUUAUCCUGGUAAAUGGAAAGAUCUGUAUGCUCAGAAUCUGGCCGUCUACAACGAGGAGAUGAGCGCGUACAAGGCCAGCCUGCCGCCGGGACAUAAAGUCGACAGCACCGUGCCAGCCACCCCCAAGCCGGCCAAGGCAGCAAAGACGUCAAAGUCCAGCAAGCCAUCGACCAAGGAGGCCGCCCGGCACGAGGACGAUCACGACGCCGCCGCCGAGCAGCAGCUCCAGCAGGCCGUCCGCGAAGCCACCACCGAAGACACCUCCUCCUCUGAGUCCGCAGGCUCGUCAGAGAGCGAGGCAGAGGCGACUCCCACCCCGUCCCCGCCCAAGCCAACGCCCAAGUCGUCGAAACGUCGCCAGUCCAAGGCUGCUGCUCCAGCACCGGCUCCAGCACCGGCACCGGCGCCGCCUGUCAUCGAGACGCCUACGCCAGCCACCAAGAAGUCGUCGCCCGAGAAGAAGGAGAAGAAGAGCAAGAGCAAGGACAAGGAUAGACGGGCCUCUGCUGCGAAUGCUGCUGCUGCCGAAGUGGCCUCGCCUGUCCCUGAGCCGCCCAAGUCCGAGAAGAAGGCUCGAAAGAAGCGCAAGAGCGCCGUUGACGAGUGA